AUCGUUCUAUCAUGUGUGGUCGGAAUUGUGAUUUUGUGUAAAUAAUACCAAACACAAGUGAUAAAAUUACUAUUAAGUGAAGUGAUUUGAAAAUGUUAAUCACAAGUGAUGCGUAAAGUCAAGCAACCGUUUACUGUUCUUGAACCGAGGAACCACAAAAAUGUAAAUCGUCUCAUUACAGUGUUCAAAACUCAACAGUUAUCAUUAUCCUUAUGAUGCAUAAACGAAAUGCAUGGCGUUCAUCUCAUUCUUUAUCAGGAACCGGUAAUGUAGACAUGUGCUUUCAAAGGAACAUCCCUUUCUUUAUAAAUUUAACUUAAUUACGUAUUUACAAACAAAUAUCAUAAUGGAAAACGACACAGACACUCCGAUUUUCAAAUCGAACGUCACUGUAAGCCAAGUGAUGGAAUAUUUUAACAUAAGUAUGGCGAAAUUGAACAUAACGAACGACAGUGAAGUGUCUCAAAUACAUUUGUUUGAUUUGUUCGAAGCCUACGAAACAAAAGAACGAGAACAGCUGAUGACAUACAAAUUCGUUGCAUACGUUUUGGGGACUCUGAUAGUGAUAAGUAAUCUUAUAGUGGUGGUGUCCAGUGGACUCAUAUUGAAAAAAGGUCAGCAACCUAAAAGCACAUAUCUACUUUUGGGUAAUGUUUCCUUGGCAGACACCAUUAUUGGGGUCUCGGUCAUUUUUGGUGCCUCUGUCGACAGCUCCAUGAGAUCAGAUCCAUUGUGCAUUUUCCAGUUGGCUAUGCUUGUAUGUCCAGCGAUGGUCUCCAUAUUCAGUGUGGGACUGAUCGCUAUAGACCGAUACAUCUUUAUUCUACACGGCCUCUACUACCAAAGAUGGUUCAACACCACUCGCGUCAGAAUCGGCAUAUUAUGCAUUUGGAUGAUAGCUGUCCAGCCAAAGAGUACCUACAUGCUGCUUGGCAACAUCUCGCUAGCUGACUCCAUCCUGGGGGUGGCCAUGGUGUUGUCGUCCCUAGUCGACAAGGCUAUCACCACCGGAGCACCGCUACAAGAAGACUCCGAGUCCAUAAGCAUACACACUGUGUGCAUGAUUGUACAAGCCUUGCGUAUGUGCCCAGCCGUAGUCUCCAUUCUCAGCAUUGGUUUCAUCGCUGCCGACCGCUACGUCUAUUUGAUACACGGGCUCUACUACAAGACAUGGAUUAGUACGAAGAGGGUCCGCAUAUCCAUAGCAUGCAUCUGGAUUGCAGGUAUUCUCUUUACAAUACCUGGAUGGGUGAACAUAAAUAACGUAUCAAGGUGUUACUUUAUCGAAAUUUUCCCUACUGGACUAAUGCUAACUUUAACUGCAUUAAGUUUCAUCAACAUUACUUUCGUGACAACACUUUAUACAAUCAUAUUAGUGAAAGCAGUCAAAGCUAAUAAUAAAAUACAGAAAGCUAAAAAAAUUGCUAAGAUUUCACAAAAAGAGAAAAUUAGCAAUAAUAUCACAUAUAAUCUGAGUUCUGAUAAUAAUAAUACACACAAUAUUCAUUUCACGGUUCUUGACGUUGAAGCAUUGGAAUCAGAUCAAAAAAUAUCUAUUGAUGAAAAUAAAAAUGAAAAUACUAAGCAGUCCGAAGACAAAAUACCAGAAAUGAUACAAAAUACCACAAUGGAAAAUCCAGACCAUUCGACUAAUAACAAGUUGUCGGAUCCCUCCAAUAAUACAAAUUUAAACAGAUCAGUAUCAAGUUAUAUUGAUUUAAAUAAAAUUCAAAAUAAAUGCAAAGAGAACAAAAAGUGCAGGGCGAUUACUGUGGUGAUUUUAACUACAGGCAGCUUUAUAAUUACAUGGGUCCCUUUCCUAAUGAGCGUGGUCUAUUACGGAUUUAUAUGUGAGAAAUAUAAUACAAAACAUUACUGCGAAAUGUCUUGCCAAUACGUAAUCCGUCCACUUUGGGCUCUGGCACUUCUCAACAGCUUGUUAAAUCCAUUUAUUUAUGCAUGGUGGCACCACGGAUUCAAGGACUACGUCAGAUCGUGUUAUAAGAAGUGUUUUCGUAGAUAAAAUUGUCUGGACAAUGUAAUGGUAAAAAGAGACGCUCAGGCUGACAAAAAAAUGUCAGAGUUGUACGUGAGAUUGUCAGUGCUUCCUAUUAUUUCCAAGACGCCUUCGGAGAACGCUAGCUGGCUGCACAUAGAGGAAGAACCACUCGCAGAAGUACUUACAUCCAAACAAAAUAUGGUCCAUAAAUGGGCAUGCGGAUCAAUUUACUGAGGUAAUGAUACUUCACUGUCCGUGAAGCUCGCCGUUGCAACAUUUUGGUAACUCAGGUCCAAAGUGUAUAAAAACUGAUGACAAAGAAGAUCUUGGCGAUUUCACGAUUAAUGAAAAUAAUAUGUGAUAGCGUCCAAACUAUAGUGAUUGUCGAUACUGAAUUACAAUGAAGUAUAAUAAAUUUAAGGUUUUUUAUAAA